AUGUCUGACGGGAAACAAAUAGUCAUUAUUCACUUUCAUGUGACAUUACAGACUAAAUCAAUAGAGUCAGAUUUGUUGGCAUGUACUUGGUUUGCCUUGCUUACGAUGGCUGCAUAUCAUCAAGGUUUAAAGCGACUUUAUCCUGAUGGUGACGAAGACGAUUUCUUUUCAAGAAAGAGAAUUAAACAGUGUUCAAUACAAUAUACAAAGAAGAUACUCAAAAAGAAAGAUCGGAGAAAAGAAUAUCAUUGUCAAGUUUAUUUAAAACUAUAUCCAACAACGUGUAAAUGUACUUUGGAUGUGAUUGUUAACUCUACAAAUGAGAUCAUCAGUGAUAAUCAAUCGAUUUUGUUAGCAAGAAGUCGAUUGGGCAAAGUGAUCAAGCCAGGAGUAGUGCGAGUUCGUCUUGUUUCAUCAUUAUUUACUGCUGAUACGGAUGUGCAUGAAGAUCCAUCUUUAACAAAAUUAGAAAUAGUAAAGAAAGAACAUUCCAAUCAUAGUUUUGACAAGCAAUUUGCCCUGCAAUUAAAAAAUAAUCAAAUUGGUCCUGGUGUAAUUGGUAAAUUAUUUCUUGAAUCAUUGGAUCCAUCCAAUGGGUCGUAUAACAACGAAUCGCCUAUAUACGAACUCAAUCUUAGCUUAUCGUCAGAGUAUCAAAUCGUCCCAGCUUCAUUUCCUCAAAAAGAUGCUCAUACCGAAACUUGUGGAUGUAUUCUUUCAUCUGACGAAUCCUGCCUAAUAAUUAGUGAUCAAUGCAACUUGAAAUUAAGUGAUACGAAACUUAUUCAUCGUCUUGCCGAGCCUAUUCGUUGUCAAUGGAAGACUAUUGGUCGUGAACUAGCCCCCUGCUUCUCUGAAGUUGAUUUACUCGAUAUUCAUGAAAAAUAUUUUCUUGCCGAUGGAAACCAUGAAUGCGCUUAUCAAUUAUUACGAGAAUGGUACAUACGUAAACCGCAUCAAGCGGACGUUCGUUUUUUAAUGACUAAAUUCAAGCUGACAUUCGAUGCCAUCGUCAAAAUUCAUGACGAAAUUAGGAAACUAUUGACAUGUAAAUAG